UACUACUGUUUAUUAAUGUACUGAAGAAUGGUCAUAAUAAAUUGGACUGCUAAAAUUUUUUAUUUUCUCUGUUCCAGAUUGCUGUGCUAUGCCUUGUAUGACUAAGACCUCUUACCAAUAAUACCUUUGCUUUGACACUUGAGGAAAAUCAGACCUUAAAGACACUGCUAAGGACUGCUAAAGUGGCAAUGAAACAGCCCAACAGGAAGAGGAAGCUUAGUAUGGAUUCCAAAGAGAAUUUGAAUCAGGAUGGAUGCUUGGAGCAAGCUGAAGAAGAAAAGCCCAGGGAUGGUGCAGCUCCUUUGAGUCACGUCCCUUCAGCAGCUGCACAGGACACGUGGUCUUGGGGGCAGUACUUGAAAGAACAGAAGGCUAUAGCAGCACCCGUUGAACUGUUUUCCCAGGACCAAUCCUUUCCAGAGUACGAAAAUGGUUUUCAGGUUGGAAUGAGAUUAGAAGGCAUUGACCCCCGACAUCCAUCUGUAUUUUGUGUGCUUUCUGUAGCUGAGGUGUGUGGCUACCGUCUAAGGCUUCAUUUUGAUGGUUAUUUAAGCUGCUACGAUUUUUGGACCAAUGCCGGUUCCCCUGACAUUCAUCCAAUAGGGUGGUGUGGAAAGACCAAACAUGAAUUGCACAUCCCUAAGGGUUAUAGAAAAGACAAAUUUGUUUGGAUGAAUUAUUUGAAGGCCUGCAAAUUCCAAAAUGCUCCCAAGAAAUUAUUCAGAAACAGAAGUUCUAAUGGGCCAAUGCCUAAAGAAUUUCAGAUUGGAAUGAAGCUGGAGGCCGUCGACAGAAAGAACCCUUCACUGGUGUGUGUGGCAACUAUAGCAGAUAUUGUUGAAGAUCGCUUACUAGUGCAUUUUGACAAUUGGGAUGAUAGUUACGAUUACUGGUGUGAUGUAAAUAGUCCUUAUGUCCAACCAGUUGGUUGGUGUCAGGAGAAUGGAAGAACUCUGAUAGCACCCCAAGGUUAUCCUGAUCCAGAAAAUUUUUCCUGGACAGAAUAUCUGGAAGCUACUCAAACUAGUGCAGUUCCUGCCAAAGUAUUUAAAAUGCGGUUACCUCAUGGUUUUCUGCCGAAUAUGAAACUUGAAGUUGUGGAUAAACGAAACCCCAGGUUAAUUCGAGUUGCUACGAUUAUAGCUGUUGAUGACCAAAGACUAAAGGUUCAUUUUGAUGGCUGGGACCACAAAUAUGACUAUUGGAUGGAUGCAGACAGCCCUGACAUUCACCCAAUUGGAUGGUGUGAUGUAACAGGACAUCCAUUGGAAGUGCCAUAUCGAGCAAAUGAUGUGAAAAUCCUCCCUGGUCAAGCUGUCUGUCCUACGCCAGGCUGUCGAGGGAUAGGCCAUAUCCGGGGUCCACGGUAUUCAGGACAUCACAGUGCUUUUGGCUGCCCGUAUUCGGACAUGAACUUGAAAAAGGAGACCACUCUCCAUGACCCUCUGAGAGAACAACCGCCAGCGAAUUUGGAAUCACACUCUUCACAUUUGAGAAGGAAAAAUCUCUGCAGUUUGAACUUCAAUGGAAAACACGAAAAGGCAAAGAGUCAGCCCAGACUUGUACAGCAGGCAAAGUGUUUGAAAAUCAAAGAAAAAGAAGAUAAUGACUUGGAUAAUCUCUUCAGAGAAUACUCAGUGGAGCAGACGCAGCAGGCACUGCACCAGUCUGUCUUCAUGACAUCCAUGUCCGCCCACCCUUUCCGGGACCUGCCCCUCGGCAGGGAGCAGCACUGCAAGCUGCUUCCAGGCGUGGCCAACAUCCGGGCAGGCGAAGUGGCCCGAUGGACUGUGGACGAGGUGGCUGAGUUUGUGCAGUCUCUGCUGGGCUGUGAAGAGCAUGCAAAGUGCUUCAAGAAGGAGCAGAUUGAUGGCAAAGCCUUCCUGCUUCUGACACAGACGGACAUCGUAAAGGUGAUGAACAUCAAACUGGGCCCAGCACUGAAGAUCUAUAAUUCUAUCCUCAUGUUCAGGAAUUCCCAGGACCUCAUUGAAGAUACUCUCUCAGGCGCGGACAUCAGGGGCUAAACGCACCACCCGAGCUGCUGCGACACUGCGACCUGGUUCUUCCAGCGAUAAAGUUGGCCCACACUGAUUUGAUUUUAAUGUCCCCAUGGUCAUAUCCAUAUUUAAUCUGGACCUUUUAAAUGGCUGUGGCUUAUAUGUUUAGAGGGUGUUGAUGACCGAUCAGUGCCAGUGAGGCAGAGGCCCGGGCACGUGUAUGGUCUGUGAAUGCCUUUCCUCAGCUCUGAUGUGUUGCCACAAACAGACCAAAGAAGCCCACACAUACACUUUUAUUCUCCCUCUCCAUAAAAGAAGCCAUUUCCCAUUUUGAAAGUAUACAACUCUCAAGUGGUAAAAUAUUAGGAAAAUAGAAUUCAUAAAUGCAUUGUUAAUGUUUUCACCAGAACAUCUGAGCUUGGCUCGGAUUUGCCAUCUGGGUGCAGUGAGUCUGAGAGACAGAGGCCGGGUGCUUUAAACAGAUUUCAUGAGAUUUUUGUGUACUUUACUCAGGAAAGUGUGAAUCUUUGAAAAAUAAUAAUAAGCACAUGUUUUCAUGACUCAUUAAUUCUUUUUGUUCCAUUAACUGUUUCUUGGUUGUGCUCCUGGGAGUAGCAGGAGAGCAGCCUGGGCAUUUAGCAGAAGCUGGCGAGACCCUCCUGCGGACCCUGCACUAGCAGUGCCCCACAGGCUGCGUGCCGGACCGCAGGAGACCUCGUCCUGACACCUCUACUGGCUAGUGGGCCAGAUGCCCACCGGCACCAAAGUCCUCCUGGCUGCCACUCUGAGGGGCCUCAGGAGAAGGCCCUGCAGUCUGUCUGUGUGAUAAGGGGCUGUGGUACAUCUGGGCCUUGUGUAUGUCUUUAUGAGGACACAUCACUAAAAGGGAAGAUCUCUAAUGGAGGAAGUUUGCUACGUUAUUUGUUUGAACAGUUCUGAUUUGUUAUCAGACCUUAUUUGUCUUGUGUAAGGGGCUAUAUCUGAGACUGGUUACCCACAUGGAGCCAGCCCCAUAGUUUUAAAGACAAGCACCUCUUACUGACACACACCUCUAGUAAGUGCUACAAAUGCCCCUGUCGAAGUGGAGCUCCAGGGUCCUUUUUGGUGGAGAGGGGAAAUAAAUGGAUAGAAAGACCCACUGGCUUCAGUAAGAAUCUGAUGGUUUAAGAAAACUGAUUCUGCUUGAAGAGUUUCUCAAAUUGUAGGUCACUGAAAAAAAUUUUCUUUAAGAGGUGUUGCAAAUAUUACAUUUCUUUAGAUCCUUACUCAAAUGGAAU